AUUUCAAAAGGUAAACCAUCAUCGGUCAUGCCAAAACUAUAGGCAUAAACUUCACUGAGAUUAAUUAAACCAAAGUUCCUAAGGCUUUGUGGGGUUAUGGAACUUGCAGGAGUUGCCGGAACACCAACGAGGAGACGCUGUAAGUUCCAUGGUGUACGAGGCAAAUGCCCGGGUGAGGGACCCAGUGUACGGUUGUGUUGGAGCUAUAUCAUCACUGCAGCAACAGAUCGACGUUCUUCAAGCCCAGUUGGCACUUGCACAAGCUGAAGUGGUGCACAUGAGAAUGCGCCAAUUCUCGUCCACAGCCACCAACUCGCCGGAAAACGCCUCACCCUCAUCCAAGCACAUAACACAGUCUCAGACCAGGUCCCUUUUUACCAUGGACAUGGAGGCCAAUCUUGGGGAGUCCUUGUGGUCAUGCUAGGCUACACUAGCCUGCCUUCUCUUUUCUAAUAUUACUAUCAUGGGUUUUCUUUAUUGUCUGCCUCUUUUUUGCUUUCUUGCUUCUUUAUCUUUCAUACUUCUUUAUAGCCACAUCGAUCAC